AUAUUUAGACGAACCAGGAAAUUUAAAAUGUAAAGCAAGCAACUGUGAAGCUUGAUUUGUUUGAUAUAGUUAGCAUUGUGGCUGUUUCUCUGUGUAGGGCCCCCCUGCUGCUGGUAGUGGGUACUGCUCAGGGCACUUCCUUGUUCAAAAGUUUUAUUUAGAGGAAGGCUUGGGGGCAGAAGUUGGACACUUGACUGGGUGUUAUUAUUAUUCUUGCUGUCAGCGGUAGAGCGAUGGAGUUACGGCGCAUAUUUUCCUUUAAUUAGCGUGUAGCCACCACCGCUGCUUGGUUAAUGGAUGAAAUAAUCACAGGCUUACAGCAGUGAAAGGCUCCAGAAAGAGGAAGAUGUCCACGGCUAGCAUUAGCGAAGACAUCCGAGGGAAGUUUCCCCUUCAUGCCGCAGUUUGGGAGAACGACUACAGGAAACUGGAACAGCAAAUACGAUCACAGCAGGAUGACAUCGAGGCUGUUGACCCCAGGGGUCGGACACCUUUGCACCUGGCUGUGUCACUUGGACAUCUGGAGUUAGUCCGAGUUCUCUUGAGACACGGUGCUUCGGUGACUAAAGAAAAUGCCAAGAGUUGGACAGUGCUGCAGGAGGCCGUCAGCACUGGAGACCCUGAGAUGGUUCAGUUAGUGCUUCAGCGUAGAGACUACCUCAAAGCCUCCACUGCUCUGGGAGGAGUGCCUGAGCUGCUUUUGAAGAUCAAGGAGUCUCCAGAUUUCUAUAUGGAAAUGAAGUGGGAAUUCACCAGCUGGAUCCCUCUUCUGUCCCGGAUAUGUCCAAGUGAUGUUUGCCGCAUUUGGAAAAGCGGUGCCUGCCUGCGAGUGGACGCUACCCUUCUGGGGUUCGACAAUAUGACCUGGAUCAGAGGGCGUAGGAGUUACAUCUUCAAAGGAGAUGAUUCCCAUGCCGAGCUGAUGGAGGUCAACCAUGAUGAUGGGGUAGUUGACACAGAACGCUUCAACAUAUCCCAAGAAAUUGAAGACGUCACUUUAGAGUCAAUGCAGCCAGCAGAACAGGAAGUUGCCAAAAGGUUGACAACCCCUAUUGUCAACACCUACUUAGACACAAAGGAUAUAGCUUUUGAAAGAUGCAAAUCUGGGAUUUUGGGCUGGAGAACUGACAAAACGGAAGUGGUUAAUGGAUUUGAAGCAAAGGUUUUUAGUGUGAACAAUGUAAAUGUGGUCAUCAGAACGAGGACAGAGCAUUUAACUGAUGAAGAGAAAGCCAGGAUUAAAAGUGAAAGGAAUGUUUUGGAGUCUUUGCUGGGAACCGUGGAGCAGCACAUAAGUGCUCAGGGGAACUUGACUCUGGAGUACGCCACAGCCACCAACCCCACCGCAAUCACUCCAGAGGAAUAUUUCAAUCCCGACUUCGACCUGGGUAACAGAGACAUCGGCCGUCCCAUUGAACUGACUAUUCGAACGCAAAAGUUCAAAGGGACACUGUGGAUGAGUGAGGAGCAUCCUCUGUCUCUGGUGGAGCAGGUGACCCCCAUCAUUGACCUCAUGGCUCGAACCAGUUCCCAUUUUGCACGAUUAAGAGACUUUGUAACCCUGAAGUUUCCCCCCGGAUUUCCAGUUAAAAUAGAGAUUCCCCUGUUUCAUGUGCUGAAUGCCAGGAUUACCUUUGGCAACGUGAACAAAUGUUGCACCGAAGAGGAGGCAGCAGCCACGCCGUCCUCGGAAGAAUGUGAAGCAGCCACCGCUCCAACUCCAUUCCAGGUCUCUCCCUCUGUGUUUGAGGUACCUCCCAACUAUCUCCGGAGAGGGGGCAGCCGCCAUACGCCCAUAUCCAACAAUGACGACGAGCUUCUGCAGUAUGCCAUCCAUCAGAGCCUCCUCGACUCUCAGAGAGGCUCAGGCCAGGAGGAGAGCUGGAGUGAUGCUAAUGGGGGAUUUCCAAAUGCAAUGACUGGCAGCCAGAGUGAUGGUAUCCCAGAGGGGGUGCUGGUGGAGUUUGGAGACAGCGUCAGCCCGGCUAGCUCUCCCUCUGCUUCCAGCCAAGACUCAGAGCUCCGCCUGGCCAUGGAGCUCUCUGCUCGAGCUCAAGAAGAGGAGGAGAAGAUGAGGCAACAGGAGGAAGAGGAGCUGGAACGGAUAUUGCAGCUGUCACUCACUGAGAAGUGAAAAGAAAAAAAAAAAAGAGGGAAUUUUAAGCAACCACCACACCUCAGUCUUCCCUUCCUAACCUUUCUAACUCCACCUAUGCAAACACAGAUUUUUACAUUUACUGUACAGGGCAAUAAAAACUCUUCAUUAUUUUCCUAAACAUAUUUUUGAUAAGAACAUACACUUUCCUAUAUUCCUAUGAGGGUAUCUGCUCAUAUCUUACCCAAUUCAGACAGCUGGAGUCAUUUAAAGUUAUUUUGUUCUUUUUUCUUUAUUUACUGCAGCCCUCAAGUGUAUUAAUGUUUGGAUUGGGGAUGAGUCAGAGUCAGUCUCUUGAGGUAGUAUCCCCAAAUGGUUCAGCACUUGGAUGUUAAAGUAUCUGUCAUUUGUCUGAUUGUUAUUAUAUUUUUCAACCUUGCAAGCUUAAAGCAGCAGGUUUGAGUAUUAUUGCAAAGUCUUCCUACAAACUCACAACUUACAGAAACCGUAGGCUCAUCAAGUAAGAGCUAUCUCAGGGUUCCAACUUCCUAGAUAUUUUUCCAACAUGUUGGAUUUAUUUAUGAGUUUCAGAACUAUUUUAUCCUGGUAAAAUGUAACGGUGCAAAAAUCGGUACUUCUCAAACAUCACACCAUGCUAAACAAAAAAGAUGAAUGGUGUGAUCUUAGAGCCGUUUAUGAAUGCGUUUUAAUGUACUUUGCGAAUGUAAAGGUCUGCAGCUUGUGAAACAAAAGCAUGUUGCCAUGGGAGAUUACUUUUUUUUUUUAAGUAACUGCAUGGUGACAGAUCUGUGCUGCAGUUACGCCGAAAACUUAGCUUGAGGGACUAAAUAACUUAUUUUUGUAUCCUUUCACUGAGCAGCUUAAAAAAUUGCAGUAGCAGAGACCGGUCUUAUCUGUGAGACGAGGCGUCGAACUUUAACAGAAACCAAUGUAGCAGUUUACUUUUUCCUGCCGUGAACAACUAAAGACGUCUAAAGAAAAGGAAGACAUCACUUAUUCCAGCGUGAUUAGAAAUGGUAGCUUCAGCAUGUGCUAAGGAUCGCUUUGCUCUGAAAAUGCCCGAGGUGUGGUGGUGGAAGUUUCAUCAAGUGCCACUAGACAAAAAAAUUAACUUUUUUAUAGUUUUUUUUUUUUAAACUCUGAUGGAAAUGCUUCACUUGUAACAGAGUAACAUGACUUAACCACUAUAGUUGAUCUUCCUGACAGCCAACUACUUUUUAAACCUCCCCAUUGUCUCUGUGGCUCCAUUAGGAGCUUCAACACAACAACUAAUUGUAAUGCAUCAAGUUGCCAAACUGGAGAGAAGUCAACUUUGUGAAGUUAGCUAAGGUUAAUAUAAUGCAGAUCUUUGUAAUGCAAUGUUUGAGCAAGUGUGUUGUUUUUUUAUGGUAAAAAAAGACAAGAAUGUCUGAAAAUGUUCUAAAAUAAAAGCACUUUAUUUCCAUGAGGACUAAACAUGUUUACCCGACUUUUUAUCUAAAUAGCAGGAAGUUUAUCUGAGCUUUAUGAUCAGGUUCUUUAUACAAUGGGCUCAGUAAACAAUAGUCAAUUUAAAUCUAACAUCUUGAUCAGCAGUGGAGGUAAAGAGCUCUGCAGUAGAAUUUCCUAGAACAUUUCCAGAUUUGAUCUGCCUUCAUUUACAGAAUUAAACAAGGUUUGCUGAAUUUGAUGUUAAAAAACCAACACAAAGUGGUACAUAAGCUA